GAAAAAGGAAAUUAGAGUCAUUGUCUCGAAGGAGUUACGGAGAAGAAGAGUGGCGUUAAUCAGUUUACAUUUAUUAUUUGAAAUCAUGUUUCGGGAAUAUUUAAAGCUAGUGUUGCUAGUUGUAUGUUUACACAAUGCCACCGCUCGUCAGACUUUCUACGACGUGCCGGUGAAAAGUCUUUUGAGGAUGCAACAGGGCAUUGGAUGGCCUCUGCGGUUGAAUGUAACGGAGGGUCACGAGGCUCUAAUGCGGUUGUCCAGAACUGUGAAGAAUCAGGUCUCGUGUAAAGUGACUACACCAGCUGGAGUUACGUUCGAUGUUAAUAAUCCACCUAGUGAUAGGUUUAAACGUUGGAGUGAAGGCUGUGGUCUGAGGGUUAAAAAGGUUGCUCCUGCGGAUACGGGGCGAUGGCGUCUCACUGCUUCCGAGGCUGGAAACUACUCGCUCACUGGCUGGUCGGAACUGCGAGUCCUAGGAAAGAUCCCCGACGAACCCCUGGACGCUAUAUCACUGCAAGACGGUGAAACAAAAGCAAAAGUGACUUUAUCGACUCUGAAGAACUCGUACUGUUUGGUUGCUCAGCCAUUCUCCGAGAGUUCCUUGGUACCGGGCCACUGCAGUGUGAUGUUGGAGCGGACUACCCGAGCUGUGCAAGGUCGAUGGAACGUUCUACUGGGAGUACCGGGAAGGGUUUCAGAGGUGCAUGUUGAAAGAAAUGUUGUUGUAGAAGCCGAGCGUCUCGACGUUGGCUUUGUUCGAGAUGACAACUCGCAUAAAUUACAUCUGUACUGUAAUAUUCUACACUCGCCCAAAAAUGUUUCCUUCUGCCGUUUCCAAAAGAGCUCGGAAAGUGCUGGCUUCAAUGUGGUGGAUGGUCUUAGUGAUGGUCGCUACAGUUACUAUGGCGAUGGAUUCUCAAAAAAACAUUGUGGUAUGACAAUAGAGUCGGUACUCCCAGCUGAUUAUGGUACUUGGAGAUGCACAGUUGGAGUCCAGGAGUGGGAAGGAACAGUCAUCAAACAAAGAACCCCCAUGCAAGCGUUAAUCAGCGUUCCGACCGGCAAAGGUAAAAGAAUAAGGCGAGAAGUGGAAAGAGAACCAGAACUGAAGACAUUGUUCGUUCAAAAAGACUCCCCUUUAACAAUGAGAUGUCGUGCUGAAGCGUCCCUAGCGUAUUGUUGGUUCCAGCAUCCUAAUGGCUCACAAUUCACACCCGUGGAACGAGCCGACAACGAGGAACAGGACUUUUGGUACACUGGAGAAAAUCUUCAGACUGGUGACUGUGGUAUAACUUUCAAACACGUAUCUGAAGAGGAUGCCGGUACCUGGACUUGUCACAUGGGCUAUUUAUACCAGCUAGGUAUUGAAGUAGCAGACAAACUCGCUGUGCGAGUAACUGGACCUCUGGCUGCUCACACUCAGGAAAUAGAUGUAACAGUUGGUGGUCAGGCUACCAUAUACUGUCUGACUUCCAAUGGACCGCGACCACUUGAUUAUUGUAGAUUUUUGGCGCCUAAUUUCGUUGGUAUCAGCAUAGAUUCUACAGUUACCGAAGAAAAUGCCAUCCUUGAUCGUUAUUAUUUCACCCCUGAGAGGAAGUUACAAUAUGGCGACUGCUCCCUAACAAUAAAUCCGGUGCACAAUGAAGAUAUCGGUAAAUGGACAUGUGCUGCUCUAGUGCAUGACGAAACUGUGGAGUCGAGAGAUACCAUCAUUUUAUCUACUGCCAGUUCAGCUCGCUCGCAUCGAGUUCGUGCCGGUUUGGGAGGUACUCUGGGUGGUAUUGCUGUCCUGGGUCUAGUACUGGCUGGCUUCAUGUGGUACAAGAAAGGGAAGAACGUCCCUUGGCCAACAUUCAGAUUCAGUAACACUUCGGAUGCCUCGGAUCUCACGAUUCAACGACGAAUGCAAAGAUCCGAUUCCAGAUUAAGCAGUAGCACGACGAGUAGUAAUGAAACAGAUGUUUCGAGAACUGCUGCUAAUUGUUAAACGAAAUAAUUAAUUACCUGAUAUAAGACUCAAAAUAUAUUUUAAUCUGAUUCUA